AUGGGCGCGAAGGUUCCACGCAAUUUCAGACUCCUUGAGGAGCUCGAGAAGGGCGAGAAGGGCCUUGGAGCAGAGGCUUGCUCGUACGGUCUGAACGAUGCCGAAGAUCUUCUCAUGUCUGACUGGAAUGGUACCAUUCUGGGCCCUCCCCACAGUGUCCACGAGAACCGAAUCUACUCCUUGAAGAUGCACUGCGGCCCGAACUACCCUGACGAGCCCCCCACGAUACAGUUCGUUAGUCAGGUCAACCUGCCCUGCGUAAACCCUCGCAACGGCGUCGUCGACCCCAAGCAGCUGCCCUGCCUUGCCAACUGGAAGAGAGAAAACACCAUGGAGACUAUCUUGAUCGAGCUCAGGAGAUACAUGGCGGCUCCCGCUAACAAGAAGAUUCCCCAGCCUCCUGAGGGCUCUGUCUACCAGUAG